AUGGUAGUUGAGCUUUGGACUGGCUUUCCAUGGGUGAUGUGCCAGCAAAUUGAUGAUGUUGGUGUUAGAGGAGGAGAUGUCACAUAUGAUGGAAGAUCUCUUAUCAUUGACGGCCAAAGGAAACUUCUGUUUUCCGGUUCAAUUCACUAUCCUCGCAGCACUCCUGAGGAUAAUGCAAUUCUCAUUCUCCUUCUGAUGUGGCCUUCUUUGAUAGCAAAAGCCAAAGAAGGAGGAGUUGAUGUGAUUCAAACAUAUGUGUUUUGGAAUUCGCACGAGCCAAAACCUGGAGAGUAUGAUUUCGGUGGGAGAAAUGACUUGGUGAAAUUCAUAAAGGAAAUCCAAGCACAAGGACUAUACGCCUGCCUUAGGAUUGGACCUUUCAUCGAGAGUGAAUGGACUUAUGGGGGGUUCCCGUUUUGGUUGCAUGAUGUCCCCGGCAUUGUUUAUCGAUCAGAUAAUGAACCCUUCAAGUUUUACAUGCAAAAUUUUACCACAAAAAUAGUGAACAUGAUGAAGUCAGAGGGUUUAUAUGCUUCAAAAGGAGGUCCGAUAAUACUGUCACAGAUUGAGAAUGAAUAUCAAAAUGUUGAAGCAGCUUUUAGGGACAAAGGGCCCUCAUACGUCAUUUGGGCAGCAAAAAUGGCAGUUGAGCUCCAGACUGGUGUGCCGUGGGUGAUGUGCAAACAAACUGAUGCUCCUGAUCCAGUGAUCAAUACAUGCAAUGGAAUGAAAUGUGGAGAAACUUUUGGAGGACCUAAUUCGCCAACAAAGCCCUCACUUUGGACAGAGAAUUGGACAUCAUUCUAUCAAGUGUAUGGUGGAGAACCAUAUAUACGAUCUGCUGAAGACAUUGCCUUCCAUUUCCAUGGUGGAACAAAUUUUGGAAGAACUGCAUCGGCAUAUGUCAUAACAGGAUAUUAUGAUCAAGCACCUCUUGAUGAAUAUGGUUUAAUUAGACAACCAAAAUGGGGUCAUCUUAAGGAGCUGCAUGCUGCAAUCAAGUCUUGCUCUACAACAAUACUAGAGGGAGUGCAAUCUAAUUUCUCAUUGGGCCAACUUCAACAGGCCUAUAUUUUUGAAGAAAAAGGAGGAGGUUGUGCUGCAUUUCUUGUAAACAAUGACCAGAAAAAUAAUGCAACUGUCGAAUUUAGAAAUACAACCUUUGAGCUGCUCCCAAAGUCAAUUAGUAUUCUACCUGACUGUGAAAAUAUAAUCUUCAACACUGCAAAGGCAAAUGCAAAGAAUAAUGAGAUAAUCAGAACGUCAAGUCAAUUGUUUGAUGAUGCUGAUAGGUGGGAAGCAUAUAAAGAUGUUAUCCCUAACUUCUCAGAUACUAACCUUAAAUCAGAUACACCGUUGGAGCACAUGAAUACAACCAAAGAUAAAUCAGAUUAUCUUUGGUAUACUUUUAGCUUUCAACCAAAUUCAUCUUGUUCUGCACCUGUACUUCAUGUGGAGUCUCUUGCACAUGUUGCAUCUGCUUUUGUCAACAACAAAUAUGCAGGAUCUGCACAUGGAAGUAAGGAUGCCAAGGGUCCCUUCACCAUGGAAGUACCAAUUGCCUUAAAUGAUGAGAUGAACAAUAUUUCUAUACUCAGCAAUAUGGUUGGAUUACCGGAUUCAGGAGCUUUUCUGGAGAGAAGAUAUGCUGGCUUAACCAGAGUGGAAAUUAGAUGUGCUCAACAAGAUAUUUAUAAUUUUACCAAUAAUUAUGAAUGGGGAUAUCAGGUAGGGUUAUUUGGAGAGAGCUUAAACAUACACAUGAGACAAAAUUUGGGCAACGUUGAGUGGAGCAAAGUUGUUUCAGAGACUGAUCAGCCACUUACUUGGUUUAAGAUUGAAUUUGAUGCACCUAUGGGGAGUGACCCAGUAGUUUUAAACCUUAGCACAAUGGGGAAAGGUGAAGCAUGGGUGAAUGGGCAAAGCAUUGGACGUUACUGGAUUUCAUUUCUCACGCCUAAGGGACAGCCUUCACAAACAUUGUACCAUGUUCCUCGGGCUUUUCUUAACACUUCAGGAAACCUCUUAGUCCUGCUUGAGGAAUCUGGAGGGGAUCCUCUCCACAUUUCGUUAGACACUGUUUCAAGAACAGGAUUACAAGAAAUUGCUCCCAGUUAUCACCCUCCACAGUAA